AUGAUUUUUCGUCGUGAUCCAUGCGGUCUUGUAUGUAUUUCUAUGAUAUAUCUGUUUAUAACAUAUGCUGAUUAUGUGGUUUUAAUAUGGCUUUUACUUCCAACAUUCAAAAAUUCUUAUUGGACUCUUAUACACGGUGCUGUUUUCAAUGUUUUACUUGUAUUUUCUCUUAUUGCUCAUGCUAAAGCGAUGCUCACUGAUCCAGGAGUUGUUCCAAUAUCAAAAACACGAAAGUGAGUUUACUUUUUCAAAAUUGUCAGAGAUACUAUUUUUGAAAAUAAUAAUGCAGCUAACAAAUAAAUAAUAGUUCCAGGGAAGCGAAACCCAAAGAAUAUUCAUCCGACGAAUCAGAAUCCGACGAAGAGGCAAUAAUGCAAUUCGGUGGAAAUUCAUCUGAAUGGACAUUGUGUACACGUUGUGAAUCGCUUAGACCUCCAAGAGCCCAUCACUGUCGAGUUUGUAAACGAUGUGUUCGGAAAAUGGAUCAUCAUUGUAAGUUUUUUGUUAGAGUUGUCAAAAAUUGAUUGAUUUUAGGUCCAUGGGUUAAUAAUUGUGUCGGUGAAUAUAAUCAAAAACAUUUUCUACAAUUUAUUCUUUAUACAGGAAUGUCUUGUACAUACGGAUUAUUGUGAGUCAAUUAAAUUGAAUCCGAUAAUAUUUUUAUUACUAUUUGAGUUUUUCAGUUUACUCACGAUAUGCUGGGUUUACGAUGACGCACAAACUUUAUAUCAAAGAGGUCCAUUCGGAGACAAUGUACAUCACUCAAAAGUGUAAGUUUACACAAAAGUUUUGAAUUUCAUUGAUUAAAAUUUCAGAAUUCAUUCGAUAAUAUUUGCUAUGGAAUGUGCACUUUUUGGUUUGUUCGUCUUGGCUGUUUCGUGUGAUCAGGUAGUUUUUAAUUACCAAAACCCAUUAAACAUAUAAAUAUAAAUCUCUUAGCUUGGCGCAAUAUUCACUGACGAAACCGCAAUCGAAUCUGUUCAAAGAAGAGGUAGAAAUUAUUUAUCAUCUUCUCGUCGUCCACGAUCUAGUAAAGUAGCGAUGUUGCGACAAGUUUGUGGAACUGGUCCUAAAAUAUUCUGGCUUAUACCAUGUUUUACUGCUCGCCGAGCACCAACUCGUCAUAUUCGAUCACAUCAUCAAAUGGCUCAUUUUGACGUGUAG